GGCUCUGCUGCUUAGCAACAAACAUUAGCGAGCUAUAUAGCUGCCUGGUUAGCUCUCACGCGUAACGUAGAUCCCUGCAAUAGGCAGUAAUGCAUAUCCAUCCUGUAAAUGUCAUGGGAGUGACCUCGGGUGUCGACAGUAAAUAAACCGUGUCUUUCGUUUAGAAGUGAACGUCUUUGCGCUCGUAGGAGAGAAACCGUUAACGGAUGGAGCACUAGGUUGUCUUUCUUCUGUGAAAAGUGGCUAAUCUUAGCUAGGCAGCCUUAGCAGCUCACUAGCGUCUCCUCUUGCCACACGGAGAAGAGCGGCGGGAGGCUGGAGAUAUGUGGAUGUGGGUUAGCUGACUUCUUAGCUCGCCUCAUGUUAUCGAAUGAGUUGUAACGUCAUUUUAAAGCUGGUACAUGUGCUCCUGUCACAUCCCUGAAACCACCCAGGCACAGUGGAAGUGAGAAAAUCAGCCAGACAUUGCCGUCAUGUUGGAGGAGGACAUGGAAGUGGCCAUUAAAGUGGUCGUUGUUGGCAAUGGAGCUGUUGGCAAGUCCAGUAUGAUCCAGCGUUACUGCAAAGGCAUUUUCACCAAGGACUACAAAAAGACAAUUGGAGUGGACUUCCUGGAAAGGCAGAUACUAGUAAAUGAUGAAGAGGUCCGACUGAUGCUCUGGGACACUGCUGGGCAGGAGGAGUUUGACGCCAUCACUAAGGCCUACUACCGUGGUGCGCAGGCAUGUGUGUUAGUCUUCUCCACUACAGACAGGGACUCAUUUCAGGCUAUUGACAGCUGGAAGGAGAAGGUGGAAGCAGAAGUUGGAGAUAUUCCCACAGUUCUUGUGCAAAACAAAAUUGACCUCCUGGAAGAGACUGUUAUAAAAAACGAGGAGGCAGAAGCACUGGCUAAAAGGCUUAAGCUAAGAUUUUAUCGGGCUUCAGUGAAAGAGGACCUUAAUGUCAAUGAGGUUUUUAAGUAUUUAGCCGAAAAGUAUCUACAGCGACUCAAACAGCAAACGGCAGAGGAGACAGAGGUGGUCCACACAACAAGCAAUAAAAUAGGUGUUUUUAAUACGAGUAGUAAUGUCUGCAACCAGAGCUCCAGCAAUGGCAGAGAAGUCAUCACUUUGCGACCUAACAAGCAGCGAACCAAGAAGAGUAAAAAUCCUUUUGGAGGUUGCAGCCUUCUCUAGAGAAAAUCAUUUCAUUUUAAUGACUGACAGUUAUUUCUGAGACUAGAUUGGUCAUUGUUGUAAGCUAUUGAGGUAGCCACAGUUAGCGACCAAAGCUCACAUAGACUGGGAAACACAACACUACACUACAUUAAUAGCCCGAUGUUCAUCUUUGUUGCUCCAUAUUGAUAGAUGUUUUGCAGGCUCAGCUCUUCAUCAGUGAUCUGUGCACAAAACUUAACCUUUGUACAUAUUUGGGUCCUCCUAAUGGUUGCCUUAAGAAACAGCUGCAGCUACAGUAUGUUGUGUCAUAAACUUAAUCAUGCCCCAGACAACUAAGGUUAUAGCUGUGGGUGCAGGUGGAUUUCCCCCCUUAUGACUGAGGUGUUCUCGCUCUCUUUUUUUUUUUAAAUGAAACUUGACUUACAAAUCCUCAUCAAAUUAUGUAAGAGCAAAGGUUGCACUCUGGAAACAUUUGCUUCUGUAGAUUGCUUUUAAAGUCACUAUUUUCUGUUUGACAUUUCAGCUGUGCAAUAUGUCUGCAUGUAUUAUUAAAGAUAAACAGAUUAUUUUGUUCCAUAUUUUUCUAACUGUCAACAGACUAUGGUUCAAACUGUACUCUUCAUCGAACUUGGAGUUAAAUCUCUGUGCAUAAGUAUUUUUGUACGAAGCACAACAGUGUUGAGUGAUAUUUUGUGCCAAAUUUACUCCUGAGCUGUGGUUAACUAUGUGCUCCUAUAGAUGUAUAACCAAAUAUCAAUAACCACUGACACAAAAAUAGUCCUUUAUAUGUCUGCUUACACUUGUUAACCAAAUUAUUUCAGAUAUAAAACAUGAUUUUAGAUUAAUAUUACUUUGCUGUUUGAGUCAUAGUUACAACCAAUUAUCAGUUACAUAAAUACUAUGCUUUUGAUUGCAGCUAUUUACAUUUUCCAUGCUUUUGUUUACUUUGGGACAGCUUUGCUCAUUGGCUAGCCUACACAAAGUAAACUUUCACUACCUACAUAUUCAGAUUACACUAAACAUGGUAUAAAAUUUCUUAUUUAUUUUUUAACUUCGACCGUGUAGUAGUUUUUACAGACUAAAAUGGCUUUGGAAGACAUUACAAAAAGCUAAUCAUCGAUAUUUUGCUAUUGACAUGUUUACGUGUACCUGAAUAUGCAAGAAAAUGACAUUUCUCUCUCAUUAUAUGAUAAUAAUCCCAAAACAAUCUCCCAAACUAAUCCUUAGUUUUCAGUACAACUAGCUGCGAGUUGUAUGUUUUAUUUAGUUUUUCAGAACUCAUUAUCUGGGUUACACAGGUUUACCAAGCACAAAGAAAUAUUUAGUAAUAUAGAAAAGUCUUAGAUUAAAUCUCCUGUCUGGAAUGAACAUUUCCUUAAUUGUUUUUGUUGUAGGUACCUAAAGGAGUUAUAAUACAUAAGUCAUCUGGGAAUACACAAUGCAUGUUUUACUCUUUCUUAAAAAAUGUAAUUGAUUUCAGAUCGGUGUUCAGAUUCUUUUCAGUUAAGGUCUAUUGUGAAAAUACCAAAAGGUGCUUAAAACGUGUUCCACAGUUACACCAUUAGUACUGAGAUUCUGUCACAUUUAAAACUUUGUCAUUUGGUUUUAUGUAAACUGCUGUUUUGAAGAAAAACAAAGCAACAUAACUAAUGCAUGCAGGCCUUUUUUCCCCCAUAUUGGUGAAUGUUCAAUCGUUGUUGCGAUGCCUUGUUAAUGUUUACAUUCUUCCCACCACACAUUUUAAUCCAUCCUUUUGCUGAUUGUUUAAAAUUGCCUUCACAGUAGCUCUGUAAACAAUGUUUUUCUCAGUGUUUGUCUUUUGACUGAAUCGAUUCACUGCACUUUAUCGUUAAGAUGGCGUAUAAUUUUAAAGAAUCAGCAGUUAAAAACUAACCAUACUUAAGUGCUCUCACUCAGGUGUAAGAAUAUUUGUGUCUUAUUUUUCUUUUUCUCACGUAACUUCAUGAGCAGAUUUCAGACCUUUAGAAAGACAAACUAAUGUGUUUGUUUUGUUUGGGAGGCAGUGUUUGGUGGCAAUCUGAUAUAAAUAAAAAAAUUUCUUGAGCAUCA